AUGGAUACCCUCAAAUCCAUCACCAAAUACCUCCUCCCCUCGCCGCCCAAGUCCUCCGACGGACGAGACCAAUGGCCCUCAAGAACGGCCUUCCUCCUCGCCGCGAUGGGCGGCUGCGCAGGCAUGGGCAAUCUUCUCCGCUAUCCCUCUCAAGUAUUCAACAACAAUGGCCUGCAGUGGUUCAUACCCUACCUCAUGUGUGUUUUUCUCAUUGCCAUCCCGGUGCUUAUCCUGGAGAUUGCAAUCGGUCAAGCCUACCGCGGGGGCUGCGUAGUCGCCAACAACGCCAUACACCACCGACUAAAAGGCGUGGGCCUAAGUCUUCUGUAUGUCGGAUUCGUGGUUAGUCCCUACUUCGUAGCGAACCUAGCCUGGAUAAUGGUCUACUUUAGAAGUUCGUUCCAGAGCCCAUUGCCAUGGGAGGGCAGAGGCGAGGACUUCUUCUACGAGGACGUCGUGGCCAAUGUUGCGCCUGUGCCGGGUAACUUGACCGCAGAUGGGAGCGAGGUCGUCACGUACACAUCAUAUCCAGGCGUGGGAAUGAUUGGUGAAACUGUCGGAUGGACCGUCUUCACCUGGUUCCUCGUCUGGGUGUCCAUCUUUCGUGGUGUUGGCCUCACGGGACGGGUCGUCUACUUCACAAUGGGCUUACCCAUCGUCAUUACAAUCGUGCUCAUCGGUCGGUCGCUGUCCCUUGACAAUGCGGCUGAAGGCGUCAAACUCUUCUGGGCAACUUGGAAUGGCGACAAGCUUGCCAGCGGGGAGAUUUGGCAGACUGCCUGCGGACAGGUCUUCUUUUCGACGGGCGUGGGCUUCGGAUACUUUACUUCCUACGCGUCGUAUAACCAGAAGUACUCCAAUGCGGUCAUGGACUCUAUUCUCAUAGUCAGCAGCAACGUCCUCUUUGAAAAUAUCGCCGCCUUCGCAGUGUACGGUGUCGUGGGCUUCCUGGGACUCUUCCCCCAGGACGGUGUUCGGCUCGGUAGCUUCACCGUGGGCUUCAUCACCUUGCCCUCUGCGGUGACGCAAAUGCCCGGAGCCAACUUCUGGGCCGUCCUGCUCUUCUUCACGUUAAUGGUUCUAGGCUACAGUUCUGCGUUUGCAAUGGUAGAUGCCUUGGUAACGCUGGUCAUGGACGCAAAGCCUCGAUGGAGCCGCCCGACAGUGGUCACCGUCAUCGUAGUCGUCUUCUUCUUGCUUUCGCUGCCGUACUGCACAGAGUUUGGGUACUAUCUUCUCACUGGAAUCGAUCGGUGGACAAACGACGUCGCUUUGGUAUUUGUCGUCUGGGCAGAGUGCGUCACAUCCACCACCGUAUAUCGUUGGAAAGACGUCGUCGGCCAAGUCGGUCUCCCUGCAUUCAUCACCUACAAUAGCGGUUUCUUUGGCGGCAUGAUUCUAGGUGUUGCGAUUGCCCAAGCGGUGUCCCCUGCCGCUGGAGCAGGUGUAGGGUUCGGUUUGUUCACCGUUUGCACCAUCGCCUCUGUCGUGGUCAGCACCAAUCCAGACUCGCCGGCUCCAAAAUGGUGGCGGAAGAAUAUCUUCACCAGCAAGCUCUGGUACUUGGCUUUAUACUCGGGCAACCAACUCCGCCGAGACCUGAAUGAAAUCAUUGGCCGCAACAACAACUGGAACAUCCCAUCAUUCUGGGGUCCUCUUAUCCGCUACGUGUCUGCGCCAAUUCUUGCCAUCGUGUACAGCUUCUCCUAUCCAUCAUUCUAUCAGCUCCGAGAAGAUCCGCUCCAUAUUCUGGGAUUCGGUGUUGGUCAUAUUGCGCUGCUCGUUAUUGGAUCGGGUUUCAUCGUGCCAAGGUGGCUAGACGUUCUGAUUCCUUCGAAUCGCAAGGGGGAUGGCAAGUUGGAUAUUGGAGCCAAUGUUUCUCCUCGAAGUCUGCAAUCGGAAGGAAACGAUGGUACCGAAACUGCCGAAAAGCAUAGCAACAGCGACGGUGAUACCGAACAAGUGAGAAGAAAUGCUGAAUGA